CUUGUUGGAAGUGCACUGUUAGUUAGAAAAUAAAUUAUUUUAUCCAAUUUAAUAUGGCAACCCAACCAUGAAACAAAUUCUUGGCUAACAGGUGUAGUAUACAUGGUUGAGCCAACAUCUUAUCUUAUUAUAAUCUCAUACACAUUUCUGGGAAAUCAAGAACUGUUUCCAGACUCUAGCCAUGUUCUCCAAGCUUCUAAUAUUACUACUGCUCUGUAGUAGUAGUACUCUUCUUGGCUUAGCAGCCACUGAAGAAGAUCUUGGUUUCACCUACAAUGGUUUCCAAUCCGCCAAUCUGAGCCUUGACGGCGUGGCCCAGUUCACCCCCAAUGGCCUCUUGAUGCUCACCAAUCACACCGAACAACAAACGGGUCAUGCCUUCUACCCUUACCCAAUUAAUUUCAAGAAUUCCCCAAACACCACUACUUUCUCCUUCUCCACCACUUUCGUCUUUGCCAUCAUCGCCCAGUAUCCACUAGGGGCCGGUCACGGAAUUGUUUUCGUGAUCGCACCAACAAGAGGCCUCCCCGGUGGUCUUGCAAGCACAUACCUUGGUGUUUUCAAUAAGACCAACGAUGGCAAUUCCUCUAAUCACAUUGUCGCUGUAGAGCUCGAUGCAAUUGAGAGCAAGGAGUUUUAUGAUAUUAAUAACAACCAUGUUGGGAUUGACAUUAAUGGGUUGAUUUCCAAAGUAGCCGAGCCAGCAGGCUAUUAUGAUCCUAAUAAUGGUCGGUUCCAGAACUUGACCCUUAUUAGUGGCCAUCCGAUGCAACUCUGGGUGGACUAUGAUGGUGUGGACAAGGUCAUGAAAGUCACACUAGCUCCUGUUCAUGUCCAGAAACCAAAUACUCCACUUUUGUCCUUUCAAAAAGAUCUUUCGUCUGUAAUCAAUGAAACCAUGUACGUUGGCUUCUCAUCUUCCACUGCUGCUAUCCUAACCAACCAUUAUAUAUUAGGAUGGAGCUUCAAGAUGAAUGGCCAGGCUCAAGGGCUCGACCUCUCUCGACUUCCUAAGCUUCCUCGAAUUGGACCAAAGCAAACAUCUCGAGUUUUGACAAUUGGGUUGCCUGUGAUUUGUGUUGUCUUAGUGUUAGCAGUGGUCUCAGGCACAGUUUACUAUGUUAGAAGGAAGAGGAAGUAUGCAGAAGUACUAGAAGAUUGGGAGCUUGCCUAUGGACCUCAUAGAUUCAAGUACAAAGAUCUAUAUAUUGCAACCAAUGGGUUCCGAGACAAAGAUUUGUUGGGAAGUGGAGGAUUUGGAAGGGUCUAUAAAGGUGUAUUACCUACUUCUAAAAUUGAAAUAGCAGUGAAGAGGGUCUCUCAUGAAUCUAGACAGGGUAUGAAGGAAUUUGUAGCAGAAAUUGUUAGUAUUGGGAGGCUACGCCACCGCAACAUAGUUCAACUCCUGGGCUAUUGCAGGCGCAAAGGAGAGUUACUUUUGGUGUAUGAUUACAUGCCCAAUGGAAGUUUAGACAAAUGCUUGUAUGACCAACCGGAGUUCACCUUGAAUUGGAGCCAGAGAUUUCGAGUCAUCAAAGGUGUAGCAUCAGGGCUUUUCUAUCUGCACGAAGAAUGGGAACAAGUUGUGGUUCACAGAGAUAUCAAGGCUAGCAAUGUCCUGUUGGAUGGAGAAUUUAAUGGGAGAUUGGGAGAUUUUGGCCUAGCAAGAUUGUAUCGGCAUGGAACAGUUCCUCAAACGACCCGUGUGGUUGGAACAUUUGGGUACCUUGCCCCGGAGCACAGUAGGACAGGCAAGGCCACAACGAGUACUGAUGUGUAUGCUUUCGGGGCAUUUUUGCUGGAGGUUGCUUGUGGAAGACGGCCAAUAGAGCCACGAGCACCAGCUGAGGAUAUAAUAUUGAUUGAUUGGGUGUUUGGUUGUUGGAGUGGAGGUGACAUUCUUAGGGCAGUUGAUAUAAACUUGGGUACCAACUAUGUGAAAGAGGAAGUGGAGUUAGUAUUGAAGCUUGGGUUGCUGUGCUCUCAUUCAGAGCCGGUGGCUAGGCCAACAAUGCGGCAAGUUGUUCAACAUUUGGAGGGUGAUAUUCCUCUGCCAGAGUUGUCAUCGCUUGGCAUAAAUGCCACUGGACUAACAUUUGGGCACCAUGAAGGCUUUGAUGAGUUUGCAAUAUCAUAUUCAUCUUCUAUGGGGAAGCCAUUUUCACAAACCACCUCUUCUUCUGUUGCAGAAUCACUUCUCUCUGGAGGCCGAUAAUAUUAGACCAUAUAUUUCAGUUGUUAAUCUUAUGGACAAUUGAAGUAUUUGGUGAACCAUAUAGGGUGUUUUUCUUUCUUUCUUUUUUUUUUUUUUUUUUUCUUUUUUUUCUUCUUUUUUUUUCCCCUGCUUAUGCUAUUGGUGUGACGUAGAAUAAUGUAAAUCACAAAUCUUCUGGUUCCAAUCCAAGUCUCGAAUGCACAGGUAAAAGUUACAUAACUCCAUUUUGUUUCAGGAAGACGUUAUUGCACACGCAGAUCAUUGAUAUUUCUCUUUCCCUCCCUCCCUCUAUCUCUAAAAAAAUCCUCCAUCUAA